AAAGUCGCUGUAAUUGCUAAGUACACUACUUUAGUUUGGUCGCAAUUCGUGUACUUUUCUUUAUUACUCUUUUAACAGCAGUUUCAGUGUAAUAUUUCUUAGAUGCACUAAGUGCCGCUGUUGGUCAGUAUGUUCGGGCUUUAAACAUUCGAUUUUAGAUCCUCCUCCACUCUCUGACAUCAUAUUCUGCAGAAUAUUUCUCAGUUUCAGACGAUCUCUGUUUGACACUGACGCAUCGAGACAUUCGCUGCCUUGAGUUUUCGUAUUAGCUUUGAUAUACUUCAGUUUCCCUGGAUAUUUUGUGCUUGGUCUUUUCUUCUGUAUUGGAAUAGAAGAUUUGGAUUAUGUCGGUUCUUUGUUUUUACGCCCAAAGAGGCGCAUCUUCGACGCGGAUUUCAUCAUGGCUGAUGCAGCCUCUCGUGCUGCUCCUCUUUGUCCUGUCCGUUGCGCGCGGUCAGGUCCGUUAUUCUAUUCCAGAAGAGAUGACAAAGGGCUCGCUGGUGGGAAAUAUCGUUCAGGAUCUCGGUUUGGAUGUUAAGAGGCUGAAAUCUGGUCGAGCGCGGAUCUUUACGGAGGACAGUCGUGAGUACAUCGGUCUGAAUGUGGAUAAAGGGACUCUGGUAGUGAAAGAGAGGAUAGAUAGAGAGGAGCUGUGCGCCCAAGUAUCUCCCUGCUCCUUACAUUUUCAGAUCAUUCUAGAAAACCCCAUGGAGCUGCAUAGAAUUGAUGUGGAAAUAUUAGAUAUUAAUGAUAAUGCUCCUGUUUUCACACGCCGAGAAAUACACUUUCAAAUAAGUGAAUUAGCUACACCAGGAGCCAAAUUUUCUUUAGAUAAGGCUCAAGAUUCUGAUGUGGGUUUAAAUACCCUUCAAAAAUACACACUGUAUCCGACUGAUCAUUUUUCUCUGAAAGAACAGAUGGGAAAUGAUGGAUUGAAAUAUGUUGAAAUGAUUCUACAAAAAACACUAGACAGAGAAAAUCAAGAGGAGCAUAAAUUAAUAUUGACUGCGUUUGAUGGCGGCAGUCCUCAGAAAUCAGGAACUAUUAAAAUAAGUGUUCUUGUAAUCGACGCAAAUGACAAUGCUCCAGUGUUUAGUCUCCCUGUGUACAGAGUUUCCUUACUAGAGAAUUCACCAAAGGGCACUCAUGUCGUGAGCGUGACUGCAACUGAUAAAGACAAAAGAACGAAUGCUGAACUGACGUAUUCAUUUUCACAAACUUCAGGAAUGGCUUUAGAGCUUUUCAAUAUAGAUUCGGAAAGUGGUGACAUUACUGUUAACGGUGACCUGGAUUUCGAGAGGUCAAAACAUUUUCAGUUAAAUGUUGAAGCAGCUGAUACAGGUGGCUUGACCGAUUCCAGUAAAGUUAUUAUCGAAUUAAUUGACGUUAAUGACAAUGAACCAAUGAUAAGCUUAAUUUCAUUUUCUAACCCUAUACCCGAGGACUCCGCACCAGAAACAGUUAUAGCGAUGCUGAAUGUCAAAGAUAUGGAUUCGGGAAGAAAUGGACAGGUUAAAUGUUCUAUUGCUCCAAAUUUGCCAUUCAAAAUACAGUCAUCCGCCUCAAAUUUUUAUAGUGUAACAACCGAUCAAUUAUUAGAUCGUGAAAACAAUUCUGAAUAUAAUAUUACAAUAACAGCUAUCGAUGAAGGCUCACCUUCUUUCUCUGCUAAUAAAACACUGACUCUGAAAAUAUCUGAUGUUAAUGACAACGCCCCUGUAUUUCAGCGUCAGUCAUACACCGCAUAUGUGAUGGAAAAUAAUUCACCCGGAGUCUCUGUUUUAUCUGUUAAAGCGCAUGACAAAGACUCUGGCAAUAACGCGCGUAUUUCAUAUUUUCUAGAGGAUAUUAUUGUGAAUGGUGUCUCUGCAUCGACGUUUAUUUCAGUGAAUGCAGAGAGCGGAGAGAUUCUUGCUGUUCGAUCGUUUGAUUAUGAGCAAACAAAAGAAUUUAUCAUUCGCGUAAAGGCGCAGGACGGAGGCUCUCCUCCUCUCAGCAGCAACGUGAGCGUGAAAAUAAUGAUUCAGGACCAGAAUGACAACGCGCCUCAGGUUCUGUAUCCGGUCCAGUCUGGCGCUUCUGUGGUGGCUGAAAUAGUGCCUCGUUCGGCAGAUGUGGGUUAUCUGGUGACUAAAGUGGUGGCUGUUGAUGUGGACUCUGGACAGAAUGCCUGGCUCUCAUAUAAACUGCAGAAAGCCACAGACAGGGCGCUGUUUGAAGUGGGCUUACAGAAUGGAGAAAUAAGAACUGUACGCCAAGUGACAGAUAAAGAUGCUGUGAAACAAAGACUCACUGUUGUAGUGGAGGACAACGGACAGCCAUCUCGAUCAGCUACAGUCAAUGUUAACGUGGCGGUGGCGGACAGCUUCCCUGAAGUGCUCUCGGAGUUCACUGACUUCACGCACGACAAGGAAUACAAUGACAAUCUGACUUUCUAUCUAGUCUUGGCCUUGGCUAUAGUUUCGUUUCUCUUUAUCGUGUCUAUCAUCGCCAUACUGUCAGUCAAAUGCUACAGAUGGAGACGCGAGCGGAUGUUUUACAAAUCAGGAGCGAAUCUUCCAGUUAUUCCGUAUUAUCCGCCUCUUUACGCAGACGUAGGGGGCACAGGAACUUUACAGCACGUGUACAAUUAUGAGGUUUGCAGAACCACUGACUCCAGAAAGAGUGAUCUGAAAUACGGCAGACCUUGCAGUGAGAGCAUCAUUAGUCUGGACAGCAGCGGGACACAGACACUCACGCAUGCGCAGAGAGGAAAACUGAAUAAUGACGAUUCUGCUGAUGAGCAAAAACCACCCAAUGCUGACUGGCGUUUCACCCAGAAUCAGAGGCCCGGGCCCAGCGGAGCUGCCGCCACUCCUGAGGUUGCCGUGGGAACAGGACCCUGGCCCAACCCCCCAACCGAGGCUGAGCAGCUCCAGGCGCUGAUGGCUGCUGCUAAUGAGGUCAGCGAGGCGACCAACACUCUGGGUCCGGGCACCAUGGGUCUGAGCACCCGCUACAACCCUCAGUUCACCCUGCAGCACGUCCCUGACUACCGGCAGAACGUCUACAUCCCCGGCAGCACCGCCACCCUGACCUCCAACCAGCAGCAACCCCAACAGGCCCUGUCACCUCAGCAGGCCGCCAUAGCUGCUGCUGCUGCCCAACCUGAGCCACCUAAAGCCGCCCAGACGCCCGCCAGCAAGAAGAAGUCCACCAAGAAAGAGAAGAAGUAGAGAGUCGCAGGUAUAUAUCAGGUUUAGGGAGGCUGAAAUAGCUGUUCUGUUCUGAGGUUUGCUGGAAAUCUGUAACUAUUUAGAGAAAAAAUAUUAGGGUGAAAAAAAGUGUGUCAAUGUAAACCCACUUCUAACCACUUUUUUGCUUAUUUCACACAUGCAUUUGUUUUACUUAAACCCAAGUACAGUAAAAUUACAGUAAAAAAUACAUUUGUUUCCUGAUAAGUUUGGACAUUCGGAUAUAUGUAGACAAAUAUUGGGUUUAUGCAACUUCUAAGUGACACUAUACUACUGCGUAUAUCAAGCCAGUAAUGUAUUUACCUUGAACAUGUUAAACUGACAUCUGGACAGAAAGAGGAAUUGUAUUCUUGUUACAAUCACGUUCUUGUUUGUGCAAAGACAGUGUCCAUUGCUGUGGAUGUUGUAAUGCUUGUAAAAUUCAUCAUGAUUAUUACUUUACUUUUUUGUUAUUGUUUGCUAAAAUACCACUAUGGACUUUUAUAUUGAUCAUUUUAGGAGAAGUUUUGAUGUAGAUGCAAGUCAGGUGAUUAUUGCUGCAUGCUGUUUUUUGCGCUAUAGAUAAUCUCCAUAUCACCUAACAUCUAUGAACACCCAUCUACAACUUUCUCAAGGAGGAGUUGAACAGUUAAACCAUCCACUUUGAUGAUUUGUAUUUGAUUUAUAGAAUGGAUCCCCCUGUGUAUCACUGAGCCAGAGUUUUUUUUGUUUUUUGUUAACUGAAUGUUUAUGGAGCAUUAGCGAUGGCCGAGCCAUAAUGGGAGCAUUGUGAAACCAGUUACAAGUCCACAAGUGCCCGCAGUGGCAUAUUGUCCUUAGUAUUCAGUAUUUCCAGGUUAUCCUGAAGUGUUGAAGCUCUUUAUCAGUGCUGGUUGUAAUUAGAUGGGUUAGUAAUGAUACUUUCAGUGAGUAUCUGUAGUUUUGAUGGUGACAAAACCUCCUGACUUUGUGUUUUGCUGAUCUAGGCAGCAAUUUCCUAAUGCAAAGGCAGUUUUUUCUUUUGGUCAUAUGCAACAAGCUCAAGUGAUUACAGAUAGAAUAUGAAUACAGUAAAAUUCAAUACCAGUUAGGUGAUGCUGUUUUAGGAGGCAACCUGCAAUCAUUGAAUGUACAUGCAAACUGCAAACAUGCAAACUGUCAUUGAGUUAUUAGAGCUUUGGAAAAUACUUAUGAUGCAAAGAUUCCGUCUGAAUACAGCAGUCCUCGGACUAUUGGCAUGACCUUACCUUGUAAAUAGAAAUUUGUCCUUGAAAACACAAAACCUUUGCAGAUAAUCAGCUCAAGAGGAAUGGCUUACUACUGGAAUGUCAUUUUAUUUUACAGAAAAAAAUGCACAAAAAUAUAAAAAUGGUGAAAACAAAAAACAAAACAAAAAAACACUGACACUCUUGUUAUCAAUGUAGUUCUUUAGUACUAUGAAGGCCAACUAACGCACCUGUAAAUAAAGAGUUUAACCUUUACUUAUGGAAAUAAAUAGUGACACUCUCUUAGCCUAGAAGUUGUGAUGUUAUGCAUAUAUUUUUGUGUUCAUCAUCCUCUUUUCCUGUCACACUUUUCCAUGAAAAGACACAAAAUGGAGGGCAAAUAGAUCUAAAAUCCUCCGUUAUUAAUUUUGUGCUCUCUGUCGUGCUUACAUGUGUGAAUGCUUCUUAAUGUCUAUAUGAAGAAUCUGAUUAGAUUUAUCUCUGUGUGUGUGUCCUGCUGUAACAUCUCUGAUAAGACGCUUUGAUUCCCGGCUUCUAUGUGCUACUCCUAUUUUGUAUGCUAAUAUUUAUAUUGCUGUUUUUUUGUUGUUGUUGUUUGUUUUUCUUUUCCUGAACACUGACAUUUCAAAUAAAAGGUUCUCAAAUUA